AUGGAAGGAAGAACAAGUGUCGCAAACAAUUCGUCGACUACCUCUGCAGUUAAAGUUCCUACAACUUAUGUCUCACCAUUCUCAAAACCCUUACGACCUCCUAUAAUACCAAAGCAACUUCCUCAUACAAUUGCAAACAAAUUGUCCAACAAUUUGAGUUCUUCUUCUCAAAACACAACAGAAACAACUCAGCCAACAGGUCAGGCAACAACAACUAUCGGAACAGAAGCAUUUUCAGAAGAAGUUCAUACCAAUCAGACUCCAAUCGAACAUACAGAAACACAACCACCCGAAAAUACAGAAACACAUCCAAUCGAACAUACAGAAACACAUUCUGCAAUGACCACUAGGUCGCAAACACGAUAUAUCGCCUUUAGCAAACAAUUUAAGUCUCAAAUUCAAGACACACAAGAUAGAGACACUCCUCUUUCAGAGAAAGUUCGUAGAAAAUACGCAAAGAAAAGGUUCGAAUUGUUAGAUAAGUUAAAUGAACAGUGGGGUUCAGAAGACAAUCGAGAUUAUAACGAGAUGUUUCAAGCUGUCAUGGAUGCCAUUCAGCCUUUUGAAAACGAAAUCAAAGACCCUGGCGUACUUGUUGACAUGUUUGCUUCAUAUUUACCUGUUACUGCCAAUCUCAUAGCGUUGCAAGCUAUUGACCAGUUCAUUCACUUGUUUCCAAAGAACUUGCAGAAGCAUUUACAAGAAGUUAA